AUGGACGGAAGAGCUGAGGUAUACACUACGCAACAGCCUGAUGGCACUUACGUCACUACAACUACAAGAACUCAAACAAAAUACAAAGAGGAUGAAGUAUAUAGUUGCGGGAUGGGACAGUUGAACAAGCAGUAUUGUAUGGGACCACACGGAAUCCUUCGAAUCCUUGAAAUUUUCUUCUGUCUUGUAGUGAUCUGUUUAGUGACAUCAGUCUUUGGACCAGGCCCUUUCAAAGGCGUUCUUUUCGGACAAACUAUUCUUCUCAUAUUUGCCGGAGUUGCUUUGUGUUUAGCAUUCAUCUUCCUCAUCGUGUACUUCUUCACCUUGAACGAGACUCAUUUGGAUUUCUGGCCAUGGAGAAUAACUGAUCUUGUGUUCUCAGCAACAUCUGCAAUCAUAUUCUUCAUUCUGAGUAUUCUUGAAGCUUAUUAUUCAACUGGAAGUUGGUCAAACAACUGCAAUGAUAUCGGUUCCGAUGGUAUCAUCCAUAACGGUUGCCGUCUGAUCUAUGAAUGGGCAUUUGCAGCUUUCAUAUGCUUCAUUUUGGCCAUUCUGUUUGCCUUGAGCUCUUUCUUCGCUCAUCGUAAUCGUUACAACUUGCGUCCACAACAGGAUUACUGA